GCAAGGAAACGCUCGUGAGUUUAAGGGAUCUUGAUUCGAAGCCCAACGUUACACCAAACGCCACAGGAGUAUUUUCUAGGGUGCUCCAACAAUGAUAGAUAUCACAAGUACCUAGUACAGUAGAGGCUAUACCACCAUACACUACCUUCAAAAUCAAGUAAAGCUUCUACUAGAUUAGGCUGGAGGACGUACCGCGCUGUCUAAAUCGCCACUGUCUUCACCAUCUAUAGCCGUGGAUAAUGUUAUGAGGGGAAACCUAAGAUAUAAGAAACUUUCAUUGGUAUUUUACCCCUAUUACGUGACUGGGAGAUUAUUUUCUCAACGCAUUCCAUUAAUACCACGUGUGCGAGGUUCCUAAUCACAUGAAAGAACGUAUACAGCAUCAUAAUGGGAUCCCUUCCAGAAAAGAGCAAUACUCCCCAGACCUUCGACUUCAUCGUCGUGGGUGCAGGGAUAUCUGGUAUCAACACUGCCUACAGACUGCAGACAGAACUUCCGCGGGCUAAAUUUGCCGUCUUCGAAAACCGAGACAAUGUUGGCGGUACUUGGGACCUCUUCAGAUAUCCAGGUGUUCGGUCCGACACAGACCUCUACAUGUAUGGCUUUACGUGGCAUCCAUGGCCCUAUUCCAAAGCCAUCGGGCAGGGUAGCCAGAUAAGGCAGUAUAUGGAAACAUGCGUGACUGAGCAUAACCUCGGUCGCCAUAUACGGUUCAGGCACAAAGUCCUGUCCAUAAGCUGGUCUUCAAAAUCAGCGCAGUGGACUGUGGCAGUGAGCCAUGAUGGAAUCCUCGAGGAGUACAAAGCCCGUUUCGUAAUUUUGGGGACAGGAUACUAUGACUACGAUACACCACGGCAGGCUCAUAUACCUGGUAUUGAAAACUUCCAAGGCGAGGUUAUCCAUCCUCAGUUCUGGCCCGAAAAUUUCGACUAUGCCGGCCGGGACAUAGCCGUCAUUGGUAGCGGAGCAACAGCUGUUACCCUCGUGCCUACCCUAGCAAAAAAGGCUGGUACAGUCACUAUGAUACAGAGAAGUCCUUCUUACAUAUUGACCGUACCCGAUGAUGAUACCCGUCCGGCAUGGAUGCACCCACUCCUACGAAUAUGGAGCGUGCUCUUCUCUUGGUUCGUUAUACUGGUCUGCAGAUAUUACCCUACGUCCGCACAGAACUAUCUUCUCAAUAAGACAGUUCCACAGCUGCCUAAAUCUAUCGGCAUGGAUCCUCACUUCCUGCCUCGAUAUUCUCCCUGGGAACAGCGGCUCUGCUGGGCACCAGCAGGAGACUUUUAUCAGGCUCUCCAUAACCCGAGAACAAGUAUGGUAACCGGCAAAAUCAAACGUGUCACAGAGAAGACCAUCGAAAUGGAUAACGGCCAAGUAGUUGAAAGCAAUGUCAUAAUUUUGGCGACCGGGCUGAAAACAUUACUCGGUGGGAAAAUUGAUAUAAGGAUAGACGGUCAGAAGGUGGAUUGGGCGGGCAGGCUUAUAUGGAACUUCUCAAUGAUCCAGGACAUCCCAAAUAUGAUGAUCGUGAUGGCAUACGUUAACAUCCCAUGGACCAUUAACGCAGAUAUCUCUACAAACCGGUUUUUCCGAGUCUUGAAGAACAUGCAGAAGCGCGGUGCCAGAGCUGUCGUCCCACGCGUCCCGAAGGGCUCAAUCAUGAAGACCGAGCCGUUCUCCCCUCUGACUUCAACAUACUACACUGAAGUAGAGGAUCGAAUGCCCAAGUAUGGGACAGUUGGGCCAUGGAAAAGAAAGCAGAAUGUUCCUUUCGACUACAUAAAUGCUCGUUGGGGAGACGCCACGACCGGCUUGGAGUUCUUCCCUUGAUUGACACUGCCAAAUCGUCAGAUAACUAUACUAACAGUAGUGGGUUAGGAUAAGGAUAUGAUGAGAAUGUGUAUGUCUAUUACGGGUGUGUAGAAUCACCCAGGAUAAUUACUACCAAGGUACCUAGGUAGGUACCCUUGUUGCACACGCAGAGCAUCGGUGGCGCGAAAUACAGUCUGAAUAGCAUCGACAGAUCA